CGCGCGCGCGCGCACACACACACACACACACACAUAUAUAUAUACACACGCACUCUGUGUGUGUGUAUUUGCAUUCAGCAGCUGAAACCAGCUCGUGCAGGAGGACCAGGCGUCUGUCUGACUCACUGCUGCAUCGCCUCGGUCCUAAAAUCUUCUCGCGGCUUCACUUUACAGUUUUCUGCAGGAAUUUGCGACCAAAUCGUUCAUCGCUCCAUUUUCUUCCAAGUCGUCACAGCAGACAGUCGUCUCUCUCUCCGGUCUCUGCAGGCAGGAGGUUUUAAUCCACAACUUUCAGCACAAUCUUUCUCUCCAAGUGCAGGAAACACAGCGCGGAGACUGGACGGAUCACAACAAACAGUUUGUCUAUCCACCUCCAAGGCGCUGAGAUUGUCCUUAAUACAAACCCAGUGAGGCGAAUGUAUACAACACUCGGACGUUGUUGGGGUUUUGUUUACCUAACGAAUCUGCACAACCGUGAGAUUUUCUCAUGAUUGCCUCUUGGACUUUCCUCAAUUUGAACCACUGACUGCUGGAAUACCCCCCACCCCACCCCGCUGUCACCAUGAGCGCAUGCAGCAGGAAGGCCCUGACAUUGCUCAGCAGUGUCUUUGCAAUCAGCGGCCUGGGGCUGCUGGGAGUGGCAGUCAGCACGGACUACUGGUUGUACCUGGAGGAGGGCGUCAUUAUGCCUCUGAACCAGAGCACUGACAUCAAGACUUCGCUGCACUCCGGCCUCUGGAGGGUCUGCUUCCUGGCCGGUGACGAGUCUGGUCGCUGCUUUACCAUCGCGUACAUCAUGCCCAUAAAUGUCCAGUUGACGUCAGAGUCCACAGUAAACGUGCUCAAGAUGAUCCGCUCAGCCACUCCGUUCCCUCUGGUCAGCCUUUUCUUCAUGUUCAUCGGCUUCGUCCUCAACAACAUCGGACACGUUCGGCCUCACCGCACCAUCCUGGCGUUUGUCUCUGGAAUCUUCUUUAUCCUCUCGGGCCUGGCUCUGGUGGUGGGUCUGGUGCUGUACAUCUCCAGUAUAAAUGAUGAAAUGCUGAACAGGACUAAGAGCAGCGAGGCCUAUUUUACCUAUAAGUAUGGCUGGUCCUUUGCCUUUGCUGCCAUCUCCUUCCUGCUCACAGAGAGUGCAGGCGUCAUGUCCGUCUACCUCUUCAUGAAGCGCUACACAGCAGAGGAGAUCUACCAGCCUCGUCACCCCAGUUUCUACCGCCCUCGCCUCAGCAACUGUUCCGACCACUCGGGCCAGUUCCUCCACCCAGAGGCCUGGUCGCGUGGGCGAAGUCCCUCCGACAUCUCGAGUGAAGCUUCACUCCAGAUGAGCGCCAGCUACCCCGCUCUCCUCAAAUGCCCCGACUACGAUCAGGUCUCCUCUUCACCCUGCUGAGUGGUCGGUCAUCACAGCAGAGGCCACCUAUAGGUGACUAAAGGAUCAUAAGGGGUCACAAGGGUUUAUGAGGACAGUUUUCUUUCAUGAAAAAGAUAGAACUUAGAUAUGUAAGUGUGAGUUUGAUGUUUUUCAGACAGAAAAAUAUGUGCAGCUUUGAGUGUGGCCUAAGGACUUUGGAAAUAUUUCCUUCUGAGCCGCUUGGGGCUUUUUAUCGGGUCAGAGAUUGAGAUUUGUUGUCGUAGCAGAACCCGUUUUUUUUCUAGGUGGUGGCAAAGUCUCCAGGUUUUAGAAAAAAACAAUACAUAGUUAUGAUGUUAUUCAUUUGCAAAGGUCUCAAAAAGUUAAAAUUUGGUAUACAGUAGAUUACCUUUUCAACUUUAUCUAAAAGGGGGGGGUUCUGUAUUUUGGUUUAAUUGUAUCUGUGCAUUUUACCCUCCAGUGCCUCAUAGCUGUUUCUUUUUGUGAAUAUCUUGGCUUCCUCAUUUUGCAAUACAUAAAUGUUCUUUAUGCUUUAGGACUUUUUCCUUCUAGUACUUUUAACUGUAGCAGCAUUGAUGUAUCGCAUCACACUGCAAAAAAUCUAACCUCCCACAUUAGGCAAACCUAAAUCUUUCUCCCAAAGCAAAACCCCACAGAGCAAACACCAUCAUACCAUCAUGUGUGAUGCAAUGAACGGGCGACCCAUCACCACUAUUACAACAAACAGCAGAGCAUGUCCUGGAAGCAAACAGGCUCAAGAUAUCCUGUCAAGCCUGCUGAAGUGCCGUUGGGUUUGCUUUGGGUACAUUAAUACAUCUAGAAUGGACCAGCUGAGAUCAUACAGAUUUGUUUUAUAUAGAUUUUUAUAUAAUAUGUACAGUAAUUCAUCUUUAAAAUAAAUGCCUUCUAAUCAAACAGCCUAGUUUUUGUCCUCUACACAAUGAUCCUACCUUUAUCCCCUGGGAGGCCGUGUCUGAUGUUUUUUGGAGUGACAUUUUAUCUUCACAGGUCACAGUUCUCAGUUGCUUUGGCACAAUUGUUAAAAAAAUUCACGAUUCUCUAAACACUUUUUGAAAUGUAUAAAUACGAAUAUAUCUUCAUUGAUCCAGAUGGUGGGGUGGCGGGGUUUUUUCAACUGUAAUAAUCUCAGACGUGUAUUUCACAGUGGUGGGCGUACAUUUAUUCAAGUACUGUACUUAAGUACAAAUUCGAGGUUUGUUUACUUUAUACUUCUACUUCACUACAUCUCAGAGGCAAAUAUUGUACUUUUUACUCCACUACAUUUGUCUGACAGCUUUAAUUACUAGUUAGGCUACUUUGCAGAUUACAGUUUUUCAUAUCCUUCCUGUCCAGUGAAAACCAUGUAUCUCCAAAUUUGGUGAUUUUGAAUUUUUCUGACAAAUUGAAGGAUGAAGUGUUCUGAAAAUUCUCCUACUUCUUAAGAUAAAUAAACAAUUUAAUCACCCCUUGGAUAAGCUGGAAAACACAUCAUCACAAAGCUGAAAACAGGGCUGUUUUUCUGAGCUCAUUAAAAGUUGACUUUUUAGAGAUACGUGGUUCUCCCAGGACAGCGACGCUACAAACAUAUGAUGAUCUUAUAGAAUAUGAUG